AAAAAGCUUUAGAGGAAACCAUCAGCCAAAGGCAAAGGAGGCGCAGGCGGGACCCGUCUUCCGACUCAAACAACAACUAAAGCAAGAAUGAUGAGAUGGGCAGUGGAACCAAGAAGAGGAAGUCUCAAUGGGCAGAUAAUGAGCCGAAGCCGUAAGUUGUUAGAGAUUGGAAGGGUGUUGCAAUCUGGAUUGCAUUUGGAUGAUAGACCUGAGGGAGCUAGGUCUCUUUCACCUGAACCUUCAAAGAAUAAGAACUUGCAUGUUUUAGUUGAGGCUGAAACACAAGAAUCACUUGAUGUUGCUGCAGCAAUGGUGGAAAAGCUCUUGCAGCCUAUUGAUGAAGUAUUGAAUGAGCAUAAGAGGCAAUAGUUAAGGGAACUUGUUGCCUUGAAUGGAACGAUACGAGAUGAAGAGUGAAAUUGCUAAUUUGGCAAAAAAUUGGUAUUUCUAUGCAUUUCU